AAUCCCUAUAUGGUCAAGAAUUCAGUAACACUUGUGAGCUUGUAGUUCUUAUCCACUAGCUCAUUGACCAAUAAUUGCAUCCCGUGUCUGGUUCCAUAAAGCCGCAUAUAUACAAUGGCCUAUGAGAGUAGUCUAGUAUGUUUAUUAGCCAUACAGUUCUUUGUAUUAUUUUCAGCAAUGGAGGUUGGAGCAAAAAUUUCUGCUGUCAUUGUUUUUGGAGACUCAACGGUUGAUGCAGGCAACAAUAAUCACAGGCUAACUAUUGUUAAGUGUAAUUACAGGCCAUAUGGCCAAGAUUUCGAAGGUGGCAAACCCAGCGGUCGUUGGUCUAAUGGCAGACUCUUUACCGAUUUCAUAUCUGAUGCUUUGGGAAUUAAGCAGUCCAUACCGGCUUAUCUGGAUCCAAAUUUUGGCAUAGAGGAUUUCGCCACUGGUGUCACCUUUGCCUCUGGUGGAGCUGGAUAUGACAAUUUAACUACAACAUUAGUAAAUGCCAUACCUCUAUGGAAGCAAUUGGAAUUCUUCAAAGAGUACCAGGAGAAGUUAACUAAGUUUCAAGGGAAAGAGAAAACAGCCGAAACAAUACACGAAGCAUUGUACAUAGUAAGCAUAGGAACGAAUGAUUUUAUGUUGAAUUACCUCCAUAUUCCUGUACGGUCACUGCAGUUCACCAUGGAGGAGUUUCAAAAAUUUCUCGCCAAAAAUGCUGGCGAGUUUAUUAAGGAUCUUUACAGCUUGGGUGCCCGAAAAAUAGCACUAGAUGGGUCUGUUCCCAUGGGGUGCUUGCCGUUCUCAAGAACUUUAAAUGUAUUAUUAGGAAGAACAUGUGUGGAUGGCUAUAAUAAAGUGGGUACAGAUUUUAAUCUACAUCUCAUCAAGUUAAUCGAAGACUUAAGGAAAGAAAUUGAUGGGAUUCAAUUGGUAUAUGCAGAUGCAUACAUUCCUUUGUCAAAAAUGAUGCAAACACCAUCCUUAUAUGGAUUAGAGGAAGUGAAAAUUGGAUGUUGCGGGACGGGAAUAAUUGAGAUAAACCAACUGUGCUCAUUGGCAAAGUCAUUAUGUAAAGAUCCUACUAAAUACAUAUAUUGGGAUUCAGUACACUUAACAGAGAAGGCAAAUAGCUUACUUGCCGACAGCUUUCUAAAGACAGACCUAGCUGAGUUAAUCUGAAUCCCUGGCCAUCAGAUGAUGUACUCCUUAAUCGGUUGUCAUGUAUCAAGUAUAAAUAAUGCACGAGAGCAAAAUAAAUCGAUCCUGAAAAAUGUAUUGAGACUCUCGUCCUAGUGAUGAUGUUUUUAAACAGAAGUCCGGGAUUCU